AUGCGUAAUGCGAGUGACAGUACACAGAAGCGUGAUGGAAUCACGCCCCCUUAUUUCCGGUAUUCCAAUGUAUUGAAGCAAGAGGAUAGUAGCUCAAUGCUGGAUUCUUCAUCGUUUACCCGACCAGAGUUCUACUAUGUCUUGCGGGAUUUAUUAUGGCUCUG